AUGGAUCACAAGUUUGCAGUAGGCGAUUACCGUCGGUCUGGUGGAUACAGUCAUCAUCAAGGUAACAGUCACUACUACUCUUCAUUCUACGGUUCAGAUUCGCACGAGAGCGGAUACGGCGGCGGUCACCACCACCACCACCACUCCUCCGGGGCAGGCGGCGGCGGCCACAUAGGAGGCGGUGGAGGCCACGGAACUAUGGACGCCACCUUCAUAUGGAAGCUCAGCAAACUCGGACGCAUUGGCUCCUCACGACUCCGGUUCGAUGAUGACUUCGCGGACAGACUUAACUACCAAUUCUCCGGUGUUCUUAUGUUCCUGUUCAUCGGUGUCAUCGGGAUUCGGCAAUAUGUCGGCUAUAACUCAAUCGGUGUGUUCAUUCCCGAUGCUUAUAGCAGCAAUGUUUCCUCUAUGUCUCCAUAA